CUAAAAUGGCAACAGAAUUGUUAUAAGAGAAUUAUGAAUUUAAUGCACCACCAAGGGUUGUAUAGAAAUAAAAAUAUAGAGAAGAUAUAAGAGAUUCUUGUAAUAUUAUGUGGGAUAAACGUGUAAUAAGAGGAAAUACAUAUUCAAGCAUUCUUAAUAAAUCUGAACCAAUGAUUUAAACAACAAUGAAAAGGAUUUAGUAAACAAAAGUAGUAACAGAAAAGAAAGAGGAUGAAACUAUUCAUGAUGAAGAAACAUAAACAGAUCCAAAUGUUGAAGAACUUACAGAUAAACCACCAAGACAUUAGAAAGAAUCUUAAACUGAAUUUAUUAUUGAAAAAGUAGUACUACGACUCUUUAUGAAAGAAAAAACAGGUAUUGAUUAAGAAACAUAAGUUUGGGAUGAUGGAGAGUUAUUCAAUUUUGAAUAUGAAGCAGAACCAAUUUUAUAAGUUUUGGUUAAAAAGACACUAGAUCUUAGUAGAAUGGAAGUAUUACAAGAAGAAGAAUUAAGAGAGAUGAAGGAAAAGUAAGAAUAUUAUUAAAAAUUAAAAUAAAUGGAAAUGGCUGAAUAAGACAGAUUAGAAGAAAAAGAAUUAUAAAUAUUUAAUGAAAAUCUUUUACUAAAAAAUAAAUAUCAAAAUUAAACUAAUAGAAAUAUUAAAAUUCAUGAAAAAUUAGUUAGUAGAGCUUUGUCUAAAUAAUAUUUAUAAAAAUGUGUUCGAUAAACAAUAUAAAAAUUAAAUGAAAAUGGAUAUUUUAGAGAUCCAGUUGAAACUUAAUUGAUUGUUGAAUAUUUACCAUGGAUUUUUUAAGAUGUAAAUUAGGAAUUACUAUAAACAGAUUAAAUAAAUUAAGAAUAUCAAAAAAUGAUUGAAGAAAUAGAUCAUUAAAUGUUUGAGUUACAUUCUUUGACUUAAGCAUCUGAAAGAAAUAGACGUUAAUCUAUUUUAUAAGAAAGAGAAAGAUAAAGAAUUGCAAAAGAAGAAGCGGACAGACAAAGAAGAGAGAGGAGAAAAAUUAGAUUAGAAAAAGAAAGAAGAUAAAAAUUAAGAGAUACUGUAUAAGAAUAAUUGAUAAUGAAAGGAGAAGAAAGAGAAUGGUUUACUUUAAUUUCAGAUAUAGAUGGAUAUUAUUCUGGAACUAAUACGAUAGGAUAUCUAGGAGGAAUAAUUGGUUAAUUUAUUAUUACUAUUAAUGCUUUGAAAUAAUUAGGAGAGACAAUUGAAGAUUUAUCAGAACUUAUUUAAUCUACUAUUAUUGCCUUACCAGAAUCAAGUAUGAUAGAAAUUGGAUUGAAAGAAUAAGUCGAACAAAUGUUAGCAGAAAUUGAACGUAUAUUUUUAUUUAUAUUAAUUUUUUAGCUGAAUUAACUUUGGCAACUCUGCCAGAAUAACUAAGUUAAGGUAUUGAAAAUGCAAUAAAAUAAAAUAUCACUUAUAGUAUUCAGUAAUUCUGGGACAAAUUUGAUUUUAUUUAAAAUGCUUCCUAAAUUUCAGAUAUUGUUAUUAAGAUUUUAUUUGAAAAUAGAUAGAAAAUCAAAUGGACCAAAAUUAAAGGGUAAGUAGAUCUUUUUAAAAUUCCAUGUCUUGUUAAAUUAUAACCAUCCAUGGAUAAUUUGCAAUUUCAUCCUAAAUCAGGUAAAACGAGAGUUGAAAGAUCACCAGAAGAUGAAGCAACUGAAGAAGAGAUAAUUAAUCCUAAAAAUCUUGGGGAAGCUAUUGUUGACACUAAAGUUACAGCUUUUAUACCAUAAGUAUAUUAUUUUAUAAUUUUUAAGAACGAAGAACUUCAAACCGCAGUUAUUCAUAAUGUGGCAGAAUUCUAACUUAGACGUUUAUUAGUUUAAUAAAUAGGAGAUUAAGACAUUCCCUGGUAGGUUAACUUUACUGAUAAAUGUCAACAACUCGAAGCUUAAAUUAUUGAAACUAUUAAUCCUUAAUUGCCUUAAUUAGAUGUUUAUUAAUAUUGA